AUGGGUAAACUGAGGAAGAAGCACAACUGGAAGGGGAGACAACAGAGUGACAGUCAGCAAGCAGCGGAGGAAGACAAGACUGAUGAGGUUGUGGUUGAACUACAGGAUGGAGCCAGACUCAAAGGUGUAGAUGAGAGCAACGCUUUGGUCCUCCCAUCCAACAAAGCCAAGAAGAAGAAAUCCUCAGUGACACCAGUUUCCACCAGAAAGCCUCUCACCAAGAGGCAGAAGAAAGAGCUGCAGAAAGUGCUGGAGCGCAAAGAGAAGAAAGCUCAGAGAGCAGACAUCCUCACCAAACUGGCUGAGGUGCAGAUUCCAGAGUCUGAGAUUAAGCUGCUGUACACCACGUCCAAACUGGGAACAGGAGACAAAAUCUACCAGUCUAAAAAUUCACUGGCUGAAAUAAAUGACGGAGACUCGGGUCCAAAGAUCAGCAGCCUCAGUGGAGCGAACAGGAAAAGAAAAUGGAAAGUAGAAGAGGAAGAUGACAAAGAAGAAAAGGCAGAAGAAAGCAGUGACCUGGAUACUUCCUCUGAUGAUGAUGAUGAUGAUGUGGAAGGAGAGGAUGAAGACAUGAAUAAAUCUACAGAGAUGGCUGAAGCUCAGGAAACCACCCCUCCAUUUCAAGAGGACAAAGAGGGAGUGAAGGAAGAACAAGCAAAACCAGAAGAAGAUGGACAGAGUGCGAAGACAGUUUCAGAUCAAGAGAAAGUCCAAAACAAGAUUCUGUCACAGCCAGCUGUCUUCAUUCCUGUUGACAGAUUACAAGAAAUACAGGAGGCUCGUCUGAAGCUUCCGGUGUUGGCAGAGGAGCAGGUCAUCAUGGAGGCAGUGAAAGAAAACCCCUGUAUUGUCAUCUGUGGAGAGACAGGAAGUGGAAAAACCACUCAAGUGCCUCAGUUUCUGUAUGAAGCUGGUUAUGCCAGUGAAAGUGGGAUUAUUGGCAUCACAGAGCCGAGACGAGUUGCAGCUGUCAGCAUGUCGCACCGAGUGGCCAAAGAGAUGAACGUGUCCACACGCGUUGUGUCUUACCAGAUUCGAUAUGAAGGGAAUGUGACAGAUGAAACCAAGAUCAAGUUCAUGACAGAUGGUGUUCUACUGAAGGAGAUCCAGAGGGAUUUCCUGCUGAAGAGAUACAGUGCGAUCAUCAUAGAUGAAGCUCAUGAGAGGAGUGUGUACACAGACAUCCUCAUCGGACUGUUGUCUCGCAUCGUCCCCCUCAGAAACAAGAAAAAAAUGCCCAUGAAGCUGCUGGUCAUGUCCGCCACUCUGCGGGUUGAAGAUUUCACAGAGAACCUGAAGCUGUUUCGGACGCCUCCACCCGUCAUCAAGGUGGACGCUCGCCAGUUCCCCGUCAGUAUCCAUUUCAACAAACGCACCCCGCUGGACGAUUACACCGGAGAGGUUUUUCACAAGACCUGCAAGAUCCACCGCAUGCUGCCUUCAGGUGGAAUCCUGGUGUUUCUGACGGGUCAGGCAGAAGUUAACGGUCUGUGCAGGAGACUGCGAAAAGCUUUCCCCUUCAGAAAGAGUAACACAACCACUGGUGAAGAUGAAGACACCUCAGAGGCCAUGAGGAAGUUUAAGAAGAACAAAAAGAAGAAGACUGUCUCUCUGCCCCGUAUCGACUUGGACAACUUCUCUGCUCUGCCGGUGGAUGAAGGUGACGAGGACCGAGAGGCUGGGAUCAGAGACGAGGACGAUGACGGCUCGGACCUAGAAAUCGGAGACGAUCCUGACAAUACAGAGGAGAAGGCUGACCCGUCCAUUCCUCUCUAUGUCCUCCCUCUGUUCUCUUUGUUGGCGCCAGAGCAGCAGGCGAAGGUGUUCAGGCCCCCCCCUCCUGGUACUCGUCUGUGUGUUGUCGCCACCAAUGUGGCCGAGACGUCUCUGACCAUCCCUGGCAUCAAGUACGUGGUUGACUGCGGUCGAGUUAAGAAGCGUUUCUACGAUCGAGUGACUGGAGUGUCAUCCUUUAAAGUCACGUGGACCUCACAGGCCUCCGCCAAUCAGAGGGCGGGUAGAGCGGGACGAACAGAGCCGGGACACUGCUACAGGUUGUAUUCGUCUGCAGUGUUCGGAGAUUUCAGUUUGUUCUCAGAGGCAGAGAUCACUCGCAGGCCUGUGGAGGACCUGGUUUUACAGAUGAAGGACCUGAACAUAGAAAAGGUGGUCAACUUCCCCUUCCCCACGACUCCCUCUACUGAGGCUCUUGUAGCAGCGGAGCAGUUGUUAAUCUCGUUGGGAGCUUUGAAAGAGCCGCCUCACACUGAAAGGGUAAAAGAGAUGCAGCGAGCCAGGCUGAGCUCUCCCAUCACCCCCCUUGGCAGAGCAAUGGCUUCAUUCCCAGUGUCACCCCGUUACGCUAAAAUGCUAGCACUCGGGAAGCAGCAGGAUUGUCUGCCGUACGUCAUUGCUGUGGUAGCAGCCAUGACAGUCCGGGAGAUCUUUGAAGACCUUGACAGACCUGCAGGAAGUGAAGAUGAGAGCUCCAGUCUCGCACAGCGCCGAGCUCGGCUGGCUCAGAUGAGGAGGCUGUGGGCUGGGCAAGGAGCCGCACUCCAACUGGGGGACCUCAUGGUCAUGCUUGGUGCAGUUGGUGCUUGUGAAUUUGCUGGCUGCACUCCCAAGUUCUGUGAGGAGAACGGCCUGAGGUAUAAAGCCAUGGUUGAGAUCAGGAGGCUCAGAGGUCAACUCACCAACACAGUGAACGCAGUUUCUCCAGACGUUGGAGUAUUUGUGGAUCCUAAGAUGUCUCCGCCGACCGAGCGCCAGGUGGUUUGCUUGCGGCAGAUUGUUUUAUCUGGACUGGGAGACCAUCUUGCACGGCGUGUGCAGGUAGAAGAGAUUCUGGAUCCCAAAUGGAAGAAUGGAUAUAAGACGUGUCUAAUGGACGACCCAGUGUUCAUUCAUCCCACAUCUGCACUGUUCAAAAAGCUGCCAGAGUUUGUCGUCUACCAGGAGAUCAUGGAGACCAGCAAGAUGUACAUGAGAGGCGUCUCAGCAGUAGAAGCAAAUUGGGUCCCACAGUUUCUGCCUCAGUACUGUCACUUCAGCUCCCCGCUGGAGUCUCCAUCGCCAUGGUUCUGCUCAUCCACCGGCACCAUCAAAUGUCACCGUUCAAGCACCUUCUUCCGUGUGGCGUGGCAGCUGCCAGCAGUGGAGAUGGAUUAUCCUGACGGGCUGGACCGUUACAAACUGUUUGCCAGGUUUCUUCUUGAGGGACAGGUUUGUCCUAAACUAAAGAAACACAGUGUUCACCUUCUCUCAAACCCCUCCAUCAUGUUGAAAACAUGGGCAAAACUUCAGCCCAGGACGGAGGCUGUGCUGGGGCCGCUCUUGACAAAGGGAGUGGACUGCAGAGAUGCUCUCCUCUCCGUCUGGAAGACUGACGAUAAAUUUCUGUUGUCGGCAUACUGUCAGUGGCUUCCUGAAUCCAUGCAUCAAGAAGUAGCCCAGAGCUGGCCUCCUGUAUGAAAACAGAAAUCAUGUUUGACCUGAGACUUGUAUCGACCUGGAGAUGGGUUGAACCCCUUUCUUCACUGUGGAGGGGCGUCUUCAGACACAUCUGUUUUUUAGUGCAACCACCAACCCACAACAUGGCCUUUUCACCAUUUUGUAUUUUAUACACUGCAUCUAUGAUUUGUACAGUUCUGUCAUGAAGACGGUGUUUCAUCUAGAAUGACUUUUAACUUGUUUGUCAGAGUGCUGCUGUCAGUUCUAAAUGUCUGAUUUGGUCUUCAUAAGACUUAUUAAAACUAAGAAGCUCUGACCACAA